AUUCUUCAUAUCGGCAAAUCAAAAUCAUUCAACAUUCAAAGGAAAGUAGGAAACAUUUUUCGCAGACCUCUCUUUCUUCCUCUGCUUCCCCAUUCCGAUUUUCUGUAUCGCUCUCGGUGUGUUUUGGAAUAUCUUGGUGUAGUUAGGGCAUCCGCGAGGAAUUAAAUUUAAUCCAAUGAGGGGGCGUGUGAGAUGGGAUGAGGCUAACUUGGGGGAAAUCGAGGCCAAUAAACCAGUGAGGCAAAAAAUCACUGAACCUAAGACUCCUUACCACCCCAUGCUUGAGGAAGACGGUUCUAUGUCUCCUGUUAAUAAUUUCGAUGAGUGCAUGGAUAGAGCUGAACAUGCAGAAGCUAUACGAACUGCAUUAACUGAUGUUGCGUCGUCAAGUAGAAGCGGCAAACGAUCUGGAGGUUGGACAUCAUCUGAAGAUGAGGCAGAUAACAUGGACGAAGAUGGUGAUGAUGAAGGUCCCGAAACAGAUAGAAAGAAACAUUUUAGGGAGCACAGGACAAAGCACUAUGAUGAGUAUCGGAAAGUGAAAGAACUUCAACGUACAGGUUCCUUUGACGAAGAUGAAGUCGAGGGAGACGGCGAAGAUAAGGGGAAGGAUGUGAAAUCUGAUUCAUCAUCAUCAUUAGCAGGUGGUGUAAAAGCUAUAGACAUCGAUGAAGAUAGUAAAAAUGAUCUACCUGAACAGCCUCAGUAAGACGCAGAGCUGUUUUCUUCUAGUAGAAAAACAAAACUGACACCAAACCCUGUUUAUGGAAAAUUACAAGAAAAAAUUAUGUGGAUAAACCAGUUAAACUUUUGAAUCUUUGAUCAUGUUGUCUUUUGUAUGCUAAUAUUUGUACUUUUGGGGCCAGUAAUGGCUUACUGAAAAAUGUUUUCAAGAUAAAAUUUGAACUUGUAGUCUUUUUGAAUUUGAAAGUAUUGUGAAUUUGCGAA